AUGUCGAACGAGGGAGAUCCACCGGCGCGGGUACCAGACGCUCAUGCCGCAGAGCCACAAGAGGUUCCGAUGGCUCCGGGAGCUCCAGCCGCCGAAGGAAGCCGAGCCGAAGGAUCCGCGUCGUUUUUGCGAGCCGCGAGAGCCGGCGAUCUCGAGAAGGUGCUCGAGCUGUUGCGCGCCGGCACCGAUAUCAACACGUGCAACGCGAACGGUUUGAACGCGUUGCAUUUGGCGUCGAAAGAGGGACACUCCGAAGUGGUCAGGGAGCUGAUCAAGCGGUCCGCACAAGUCGAUUCGGCUACUAGGGUGAAACUCUUCUUCUUCUUCUUUCUUCUAGAAGACUUAUGAAAUGUUUGCAGAAAGGAAACACCGCCCUGCACAUUGCCUCACUCGCCGGCCAAUCGCUCAUCGUGACGAUCCUUGUGGAGAAUGGUGCCAAUGUCAAUGUGCAGUCGGUGAACGGCUUCACACCACUCUACAUGGCCGCUCAGGAGAAUCAUGAAGACGUCGUUCGCUAUUUGCUCAACCACGGCGCCAACCAGGCACUCUCCACCGAGGACGGCUUCACGCCGCUCGCCGUCGCUCUUCAGCAAGGCCACGAUCGUGUCGUCGCCGUGCUUUUGGAGAAUGAUGCGAAGGGAAAAGUGCGGCUGCCGGCACUGCACAUCGCCGCAAAAAAGGACGACACGAAGGCGGCGACGUUGUUGCUGCAGAAUGAGCACAAUCCGGACGUGACGUCGAAGUCGGGCUUCACUCCGCUGCACAUUGCGGCGCACUACGGCCACGAGAACGUUGGGCAGUUGUUGUUGGAGAAGGGCGCCAAUGUGAACUAUCAGGCGAGACAUAACAUCAGGUUUGUGACCCGUCUGGGGCUCUUUGUAUAAUUCGAUUAGUGCCCCCCAGAGAGACACACUUCUUUUGUUUUCAGCCCACUUCAUGUCGCCACCAAAUGGGGACGUACCAACAUGGCGAACCUGUUGCUCGCGCGCGGAGCCAUCAUCGACUCGCGCACCAAAGAUCUUCUCACGCCGCUUCACUGCGCCGCACGUUCGGGCCAUGAUCAGGUCGUCGACCUGCUCGUCGUCCAAGGUGCUCCAAUCUCGGCGAAGACCAAAAACGGUCUGGCACCGCUGCACAUGGCCGCGCAGGGAGAUCAUGUCGACGCGGCGCGAACGUUGCUCUACCAUCGUGCUCCGGUCGAUGACGUCACUGUCGACUACCUGACGCCGCUGCACGUGGCGGCGCAUUGUGGACACGUGCGCGUCGCCAAGCUGUUGUUGGACCGAUCUGCGGAUCCGAACGCCAGGGCGUUGAACGGAUUCACUCCGCUUCACAUUGCUUGCAAGAAGAAUCGGAUCAAAGUGGUCGAGCUGCUGCUCAAGUAUCGUGCGGCCAUCGAGGCAACAACGGAAUCGGGGCUGACUCCGUUGCACGUGGCCGCCUUUAUGGGCGCCAUCAACAUUGUGAUCUAUCUGCUGCAGCAGGGCGCGAAUCCGGACGUGGAGACGGUGCGCGGCGAGACGCCGCUGCACCUCGCCGCUCGUGCGAAUCAAACCGACGUGGUGCGUGUGCUCAUCCGGAACGGGGCCCGGGUCGACGCGCAAGCCCGCGAACUGCAAACGCCGCUCCACAUUGCCAGUCGUCUGGGCAACACUGACAUUGUGGUGCUUUUGCUGCAGGCGGGCGCCAACUCGAACGCGACGACGCGCGACAACUAUUCGCCGCUGCACAUCGCCGCCAAAGAGGGUCAAGAAGAGGUUGCGGGCAUUCUUCUCGAUCACAACGCCGACAAGACGCUUCUCACGAAGAAGGGCUUCACGCCACUGCAUCUCGCGUCAAAGUACGGAAAUCUGGAGGUGGUUCGAUUGUUGCUGGAGCGGGGCACUCCGGUCGACAUUGAAGGCAAGAAUCAGGUGACGCCGUUGCACGUGGCGGCGCACUACAACAACGAUAAAGUGGCAAUGCUUUUGCUCGAGAACGGCGCCUCGGCGAAGGCGGCGGCGAAGAACGGAUACACUCCUCUGCACAUUGCCGCCAAGAAGAAUCAGAUGGAGAUCGCCUCCACCCUGUUGCAGUUCAAGGCGGAUCCGAACGCAAAGUCGCGCGCCGGAUUCACACCGCUUCAUCUCGCUGCUCAAGAGGGUCAUAAGGAAAUCUCGGGGCUCCUUAUCGAAAGCGGCUCCGACGUGGGCUCCAAAGCCAACAACGGACUGACGGCGAUGCAUCUGUGCGCUCAAGAGGAUCACGUGCCGGUCGCGCAAAUUUUGUACGCAUCGGGCGCCGAGAUUAACAGCAAAACGAACGCCGGCUACACACCGCUGCACGUGGCGUGUCACUUUGGACAACUCAACAUGGUUCGGUUCCUGGUGGAGCAUGGCGCGGAUGUUGGCGAGAAGACGCGAGCCUCGUACACGCCUCUGCAUCAGGCCGCCCAACAGGGUCACAACAAUUGCGUGCGCUAUCUGCUCGAGAAUGGCGCGUCGCCGAACGAGCAAACUGCGGUAAGUCGUCGUUGCCAAUCCAUCAGGAUUAGUCGAGUCGCUCUCAUACGCGAGUCUCCCACCCCCAAACACAUCACUUGCAGAACGGUCAAACGCCUCUCUCGAUCGCCGAACGUCUCGGCUACGUGUCGGUCGUCGAGACGUUGCGAACCGUCACCGAAACGACGGUCAUCACGGAGACGACGACGACGACGGCGGCGCUCGACGAACGCUACAAGCCGCAGAAUCCGGAGGCGAUGAACGAGACGAUGUUCUCCGAGUCGGAGGACGAGGGACAGGCGGCCGAGCACGAGGCGGCCGCCGCUCACGCCAAGGAUUUCUCGGACAAUUUGGCGCAGGCGCUUCAGGAUUCCACUGGUGUUCAUAUGAUUCAUACCGGAGAGCAGGUGAGAGCAAUCGCAGAGUCGAAAUCGAGACGCGGCGAAGACACCAACCGGAAAAGAGGCCAUUUAUUUUGAAAAUCGAUCUCACUCCUCGUUUUCGCUUUCCCCCCGUCCCCAAGAGCCGCUGCACACAUCAUAAGUGAGAGUGCCCCGGCGUCUUCUAGUACACAGCCGUAGCCGCAAGACAUGUGGUGGCUCGUACACUCGAGCUGUGCGUAGAGCUCAUCCAAAAUGUUUGGAUUAUUUAUUCCCCUUUUACACUGUCCGCAACCCGCUGUUUUUUUUCCAGCUCCUUCAACGCAGUCAAGAGCUCGAGAACGGCGGCGCCAUUCCGAAAAUCAAUUCGGGCGGAAUGUCUCCGGACAGAGAGUUCGCGCGGAUUGCACCAGUUGCCACAUCAUCGCCGAUUGCCACGUCACACUCUCAACCGCUGGGACUCGCGCCGAGAGCCGCAUCCAUCUCGGGUCAAUUCUCGCAACAACCGAUUCAUCAGCAGCAUCAUCACGACGCGCCGGAUAAUCUCGAAGAGCUCGUGCGUCGCGCUCAGUCUCAUCCGAUCCACGCGGCGAACUUCCAUGAGAACAACGGCGCGGCGCUUCUCGAUCACGGACAUUCGGACAAUGUGCCGAUUGGACAUCAUGUCACACAACCGAGGUUUGUCUCGAGGACGCUCCUCAACGGAUAUCGGGGGGUUUGGUGGCGCUUCAGAGCGUGACGAUGGUGGCGGCGGUGUACGGUUGACGACAACCUCGAAAAAGUGUGUAAGUUGUCGUCGUGGUGUUUGCACAGACUUUUCUCAAAGAGUGUGCCAACACCACCACCAUCGCCGGUAAACGCCGCCAAACCCCCAUCACCGUUGACUUUAAGUUGUUCGAACCCCCCUCCCAUUCUAAUCACAAUUUCAGUAAACUCCAACAUAGAACGUAAGUUUUUAGCAACAAACAACAAGCACUCAAUUAAUUAUCAGUUGCCGUCGUGUUGUCCAUUUCUGGUGUACCUUAGUUCAAGCGCUAUCUCUUUGCAUGAAAUCAACAGCCAGUUUUGGAGCAUCUCGCGCCUAAACAUUGCCCAUUUUUCAGCUUCCUCAUCUCGUUCUUGGUUGAUGCGCGCGGAGGAGCGAUGCGUGGAUGUCGUCACUCGGGAGUUCGAAUUAUUGUGCCGCCGCGAAAGGCGUCUCAACCGAUUCGAGUCACGUGUCGGUACCUGAGAAAGGUAGGAUUCUUUCCAGAAAAGCCUUUUAACUGAACUCUAUCAAUUUUCAGGAUAAACUCGCUCAUCCACCGCCGCUCAGCGAGGGAGAAGAGCUCGCGUCGCGGAUUCUUGAGAUGGCACCAGCUGGAGCCAAGUUCUUGGGACCGGUCAUUUUGGAAGUGCCGCACUUUGCCUCGCUCCGAGAUCGCGAACGUGAGAUCGUCAUCCUGAGAUCCGACGACGGACAGCACUGGAAGGAGCAUCAACUCGAGGCGACCGAAGACGCCGUCCAGGAGGUGCUCAACGAGAGCUUCGACGCCGAGGAUCUCGCGCAGCUGGACGACUUGCACACGCCUCGCAUCACUCGCAUCCUCACCAACGACUUUCCGAUGUAUUUUGCGGUCGUGACGCGUGUUCGACAAGAGGUGCAUUGCGUCGGACCCGAAGGCGGCGUCAUCAUCUCGUCGGUGGUGCCACGCGUGCAGGCAAUCUUCCCCGACGGCUCGCUGACCAAGACGAUCAAGGUUUCGGUUCAAGCGCAGCCGGUGCCGCAGGAGAUGGUCACCAGGCUCCACGGAAACCGUGUGGCCGUCUCGCCAAUCGUGACCGUCGAGCCGCGGCGUCGCAAGUUCCACAAACCGAUCACCCUGUGCAUUCCGCUGCCGCAGAGCAACAACAAGGGAAUGCUCACUCAGUAUUCGGGACAGCAGGGCCAGGAGCCGCCAACACUUCGGCUCCUCUGCUCAAUCACCGGCGGAUCCGCGCCGGCUCAAUGGGAAGACAUCACCGGAACCACGCAGCUCACGUUCACCGGCGACGAAGUCUCGUUCACCACGACCGUCUCCGCCAGAUUUUGGCUCAUGGAUUGUCAAACUCCUCGCGACGCGGCUCGCAUGGCUCAGGAGGUCUACAACGAGGCGAUCUCGAUUCCGUACAUGGCCAAAUUCGCCGUCUUCGCUCGUCGAACGUUCCCGGUCGAGGGACAACUUCGUGUGUUCUGCAUGACCGACGACAAGGAGGAUAAGACUCUGGAGAAGCAGGAGCACUUCAAGUUGAUCGCCAAGAGUCGCGAUGUCGAGGUGCUCAAGGGCAAACAUCAGUUCCUCGAGUUCUCCGGGAACCUGGUCCCGAUCACCAAGUCCGGCGAUCAACUCUCUCUCUUCUUCCUGCCGUUCCAGGAGAACCGAUUGGCGUUCAUGGUGAAGACUCGUGGAAAAGAUGAUUCGGAAGCGGCGACCGAAGGACGAAUCGGGUUCAUGGCCGAGCCGAAGAUCCGUUCGGACGCUCUGCCACCACAGCAUCCCAUCUGCACCCUCGCCAUUUCCCUUCCAGAGUACACCGGAGAGGUUAAGGUGACGCCGCCGCCGAAGAGAGAUGCGACGCCGUUCGAGAAGCGCUACGGAGACGCUCUGGACAAGGAGCUGCCCGAAUUUGUGCAUCAGAACGUGCUGAAGGGCAUCGGAGCCGACUGGCCGAGACUGGGACGUGCUCUCGAGGUGCCGCACCGCGACAUUCAACACAUUAGGUACAAUUAUCCGGGACAAGAGUGCAAGAACACGCUGAAAAUCUGGAUUCAUCUCAAGAAAGAGGACGCGAAUCAGGAGAAUCUCGACAUGGCGCUUCGACAAAUCGGCCGCGACGAUAUUGUCCGUUCGAUUGCGUACGGCGAGCCGGAGGCGCUCAUCAACUACAGUCAGGCGGACUCGCCGAGCCAGAAGCGUGAGCCCAUUCGGCACUUUGAAGACGUGCCCAGUGCGAGCCUUAUUAAACGUGAAGUACGCACCGAGGACCUUGUGACGAGGCAGCCGAUCCACGUGGCUGAGCCGGUUGUUGUCGAGCACGAACCGUCCUACUCGGCACCAAUUCAUCAUAGCCCGGUGCCAGAAGAACCGGAGCCUGAAGGUCGGAGACCUUCACAUUUUCAGAGGAGUUGAUUUUUCAAAUUUCGAUGAUUUCAGAAGAGGUGCCGGUUGCCGAGAUGCGUACAGUGGUCCGUACCGAGCGACACGUCCACGACAGCGAAGACGGGCCGGUCGUCGAGGAGAGAACCAUCACGACGACGUAUGAAGACGACGUGGCGGUCAACGAGAACAUCAGCGAUCGUACCGUACCGCUGAACGAUGAGGAGUGGCGAAAGUGGGAAGAGUUGAAUCGGCAAGCGGACGGCGCCGCGCCAUCCCCGGCCGCGCGCUCUUCCGUCGCAAUGUCGGAGCCGCUUCCGGAUGACGUCGAGCAGCACGUCGAGUCGGAAAGCCAUCGCGAAGACGAUGGGACGAUCGUCACGACGACAGUGACGACCAGCCACAUCAGCGGUAGGUCUUGGGCUCUAAUAACAAUCCUCAUCCGUACAUCCAGCACGUAAUCGAGCACCACCCAUUCCUAACCUUUGCAGAUUCUCCGCUGCCCGACGACGACGACGCCACGGAUGACGAACAAGAAGGUAGAGCCUGA